ACGGAAUUAUAUUAUAAACGUUAUGAUAUACUUUUUGUUACAUACUAUUAGUUGUGUUGCGUUAAUAUACGGAGCUUUUAAGAGAUCAAUUACUUUUAUUCUACCAUAUAUAAUUCUGGAAUUCAUAAGAUUAUUCAUCAUAUUUUACACGGUUAUAACAUCUAUGAUUUUAAUAAAAAUGAAUGUGUUGGAUUUCUUAUUCCUAAUCUUUAUUUCAGUAAUUGGGGUAUUUCUUUUACAAAUAUUGAUUUAUUUGUGGUGUUGUCCGCUGAGUUUGGUGCAAUGCUUGAUAUUGGACAAGAAAUUAUUGGCGUCCCAGCCACGAGAGGCUUUCGAGUUGAACAACAGCAACAAUGCGUUACCCAGGACUGCGGUGAACAAUCAGGACGUUGUAUAUGAUCCGCUAUCUGAUCAUUACGGGUGGAGACCAUUCAGACCGAGCUACAGUUAUCCUUAUGAAAACAUGCCACAGUACGAGUACUAACUGCUUAUAGCCACGCAUCUACACAAAACAAUUAGUGCAA